UGCUCAAACAACCAUACCCAGUGAUACAGUUAUUGGCACUUGACGUGAUUAAUUUGUUAGUUGCCAGAAACAAGGAUGAAAAUAUACAAGAACUAUUCCGUAUAUGUCGAGGUCCUCAGGCCUUACUAGACAUACUCGAUAAUGACGAAUACGAUGAUUUACACGAAAAAGCAUUAGAGAUUCUCUUAUCAGCAUCUGACAAUGAAAAGUCGGUAGAGUUGAUUUGCAGCACAGGUGGUGUUCAAAGACUUUUAAAAUACAUGGAAAGCAGUGACAAAAAAUUGACAGUGUGUCUUCUUAAUGUCAUCGUUCGCUUAGCAAAUUCGGCAAGCAGCAGAAAGGAACUGUACAAACAUGGAAUUGUUCCGCUUUUGCUAAACUUCGUACACGAGUCUUCAAAUCCUGACGUUGUUGGCGCGAGUUUUUACGGUCUUGCCAAAAUGGUACAGUACAGCCCAGCAACAGACGAAAUCACAUCAUCCAAUCCCAUCCACAAGAUACUUGGCUUUAUCAAAAAUGAAAGUGUAAAGCAGCACGUAAGACACGCGGCUAUGUAUUGCUUGGCGGAAUUGUUGGCAUGCGACGCACAGAAUUGUUCAAAUUUGUUAGACAUCAAAGGGCAGACAUAUUUGAUAUGGAUGAUAAAACAACCCAUCGGUAAUGUUCCGUUAGAGACUCGUCUUACAACAUUGCGGUGUCUUACGUCGAUAGGAGGCUACCCUGAAUUCAGAGAGCAAUUUGUCGAUGUAAACUUGAUAGACGCUCUGUGCACCGCAUUCGAAUUCAAAAAUAGUUUUGAUCUUGCUGAAGCUAAGGUGGCUCACUGCCGUGCAUUGUCCAUAUUUUGCAUUGAAAAAACUGCAAGAGAUAUAUUUUUGUGUCUGGAGGGACCGAGAAAGUUGUAUAAUUUAUUACUCGAAUCUGAAUCUGUUCCGGUUAGAGAUGCUGCAGCUCAAUUGGUUUCACAAUUAUCUGGCGAUCAGGAUGUCGCACCGUUACUUAUUCUUGCUGGGUGUUUAGAAUACAUGAUUGGACAUAGAUCAACUUCAAGAAUUGUCCCGUCGUGGGAAUCGUGUAUCAAAGCACUGUUUAAUUCCUAUUUACCAGCAAAGUUCGCUUUUACCGGACGUUUGUCAUUGCAUGACAUUACAAAAGACGGUUUUUACGUUAUCCGCAAAAAUGUUCAUCCGUUCCCGAUUAUUGAACAGUUGUUUACGCGUAGCUUAGACCUUGCGCAAACAAUAUACAUGUGCGUUCCAGCACAGCGACGUCGAUUGUCGAAUCAAAACUCUGAAGUGGAAGAUGAUCAGAUUAUAUCAAACGAUACAGCGACUCGAAAAAAUAUUUAUUCCGUACACAGGACGGAUCUUACUAAUGCUAUAACGGGAGUUAAAUCUGAGAUACUAAAGACAGAUUCGUUUUUAUGGAAUGCGGUCGAGUUAUUCAAAUGUAAACUUAUUGCCAAGGAAUCGAGAAUUGCGAAUGAGCAGGAAAAACCGGGACUCGUAAACAUUUCUUUUAUCAAGUCCCGAGCGAAAAUGUUGGGCGAAUUUGUGGCGCAGAAAAUGUCGGGACCUGAUCCAACGACAAAAUGUAUCGAUCACCAGCUUGACAUACAUCUCAGCGAAAUUAAACGUGACAUUGGAACAAACGUAAUUCCAUUAGGACAGCUGCGAGUCGGAUCGUACUUGGAACGAGCAUUGUUGUUCAAAGUUAUAGCAGAUAGAGUUUGUUUGCCAGCUGCGUUAGUCCGCGGAGACUAUGGAAAAGCAUGGAUUGAAAUUGCUCUUCCAGAGAUGGAAACGCAAAGCAGCGAAGCGAGUCCUGUCGAUGAUGGUACGAUCGACACUAUCGCCGAGAAAGAAGCUGUAGCAAAAUCAAGACCAUCCGAUAGGUCAACUGGUCAUGCUCCAUAUUUUCAGGGUUCAACGAAAGAAUUAGUCUCAGCCAACCAGAAUUUGCUAUCCAUUUUUCCAACGAAACUGCUAAGGCCAAGUUACAUUGUUGAUUUGAUGCGAGUGCCCGGAGAACUAAUACCAUUGGGCACCAAACAGGCUGACGAUUAUUGUAAAUAAUAGAUAUGAUACAGAACUUUGAAUUGUACGAUAAGCUUUACCUGACUACAGAAUUUAUUGGGAGCUUCUAAUCAUCGCAAGGACAUUAUUUUUUAAGGCAGAAUUUAUAUUUGUAUACAUGUUAUUUGUAAUAAACGUAUUUUAUCUUGUCGAUGACGGAAAUACAGUUUCUGAUUCGAAACAUUUCGUGUUUUUAUCAUGUGGCAUUUGGAACAAAGACGAUGAUUUGGUGUUACGAGUAUAAAAUGAAAAGUAGUUUCUGUGUGCACCAUGUUUUUAUUAAUCUUUCGCAAAGGAAUUUAGCUCAAUCCUUGCAAUAAUGAUCUGCAUAUACAGCUGUAAACUUAACAUCUACAUAAUAUUUUGUUAUAUGUCACAAUUCAAUUCCUAUAUGUGAACUGUAUGUAUAUAAUAUGUAUACUUAUUAAUCAUUCUACAUACAUACAUCGAGAGGGGUUAAUACUUUUACAUGGUAUUUGUUACAAGUUUACAACAUUCGUCCGAAGAAACCUACCUGUUUAAGUUUCUGCGAAGACAAUUAUUAUCGUUACAUCGUCCAAGAAAUUAUAAACACAUUCCAAUAUGAGAUAACGACUGACUUUGCGUUAUAAGCACUUCGAACGUGAACGAAAGCUCAAGUGGCUCAACACAGUUUCAAUAUGGUAACAUACUAUUUAUAUUACACAUUACGUACUAAAACUUUUGUACUGCGAGACCUUAAUAAUGAAACGUAAGAUAAAUCACCUCAUUUAACUAUCUGAUUUUUGGCUUUACAGAUACAAUACUUGAAAAACAAUUAGUUAAAAUAAAUAAAAGUAUUAAUUGACGUAGUAUGAAUUUUCUCAAAAGUCUACUUUUGACGAAUAAAGCACGUAUAUAUGGACCCAAGAUCUGAUUGUUAGCUUAUCAAUUUUUUCGUAGCUUUUUUAAAUAAGAAUGACAAAUUUACUCGUGUUUAUACAUUAUAAAAAAAAAAAACAAAUAUUCGUUACAUUAUACGUAAUUGGCAGUUUGCGUAAAAACAGAGGAUCGGCACAAUUCGAAAUUAAACUCCAAUGUUCGUAGAUCGUACAAAUAAUAUAUGUGAUAUAUCUAAUGAAGUGGAUUUGCACCAUUUGCGCAAAUAAAUUAUGUCGAGUUAUUUUGCGCACCGAAGUAUAUUGUACUCUACAGAUUUGAAAGAAGAAUCGUAUAAAUUAUAUACUUUGGUACAGCUUGUUCGUUACAGUGCACCGACAAUGAAAAAUGCUUUUUUUCUAUGUGUUCAGAAACAUGAAGUAUCUGCCUGUGUGUGAUACGACGAAACUAUCUCAAUAUGUUGCUUCAAGGCAAAUUGAUCUGCUCGUGUGUAAUUCUGAAACUAAAUUAGUUUUCUUACGCAGCAUUCAUUGCUCGAGUUUCAUUGUAAA